GGACCUGCCCCUCUUUGUAUCUGUGCUGCACCCUGCACCUUUGACUUUUCAAACAACCCAACCCAACCCAUACCUUAGCCUCUACAAAGAAGCUCGCCAGCUCCGUGGGUCCUUCGAGAUUAUCGAUAAGCAGGGGGCAGUCCUGUCUGUUUGUUGCUACUUUGACCAUCAACAUGCAUCUUCUAUGACUCGUUGGCCGCCGAUUUCCCUCUUGUGCCGUCGUCUGUCGCGACAGUCCUGGCGUUGGAGUUAAGGCUGCAUUGACGGCCACCCGUAGCUUCACGAGCUCUGUCAAAGAAUCAGCAAACCACUACGACAGGUAUAUAAGCGCCUCGCGACGACCUGCAUCUGUACCUACCGCGAGCAGAGGACCUGUUGAACUAUCGAUUUUCAACUUUCUCCUUACUACCCCCACGGCCAGGGCCUUCGAUCGAGACAGUUGCAGCAUCGAUUACGCAGAUCCUCUAGACGAACACGACGCCGAAAUGGUUAAGAAGCGCAACGCCCCCAGUGGUGGGUUCGGGGCAGGUUCAUCGUCCAAGAUGAGGAAAACGGCAAACGUUCCAAAGUUCUACGCUGUCCGACAUGGAAGGGAGCCUGGCGUCUAUUCGACUUAUGAUGAAUGUCAAGCACAAACAACAGGUUUCCCAGGUGCGAAAUUCAAGUCAUUCCUAACAAGAGAAGAUGCACAGGCCUUCGUCGCGGGUCAUGAGAACCCAUCGGAGGAUAAGCCGAAGAAGUUCUAUGCUGUGGCUGUAGGCCAUGUUCCAGGUAUCUAUCACACCUGGGAUGAGGCCCAGCCACAAGUCACAGAGGUCUCUGGACCGAAGCACAAGAGGUUCAAUACGCAAGAAGACGCGGAGGAUUUUAUUAGACAACACGCCAGCCCUGAGACCUGCCGACGUCUGGGUUUAUCUUUUGAGGAAACGCAAGAGUACACUGGGGCCGCUUUUGAAGCUGUAGAAACAUCUACUAGAAAGGUCAAGGCUGAGCCUGCACCAAGACCAAAAGCUGCACCAAGAGCUGCACCUCGCGCCGAGCCUAAUCAUGAAAUAAAUGGAAAUGUACUCAGGAUUUGGACCGACGGCAGCAGUCUUGCCAACGGCCAGGCUGGCUCUCGUGCUGGCCUUGGAGUUUACUUUGGCCCUAAUGACGAGCGUAAUCUUGCAGAGCGUCUUCCUGGCGAACCUCAGACUAACCAGCGUGCUGAACUGAUGGCGAUACUUCGUGCACUAGAGAUUGCGCCUUCGACACAGGACGUUGAGAUUGUGUCUGACAGCCAGUAUUCCAUCAAGUGUGUGACACAAUGGGGCCCCGGUUGGGAGAAGAAUGGAUGGAGGACUGCAGCAGGGCAUGAAGUCAAGAACAAGGACCUUGUAUGCGGCGUGUUAGCGAGGAUAAGAGAACGGGAUGCAGCCAGGUCAAAAACAUCUUUCCAGUGGGUGAAAGGACACGCCAGUGAUAUCGGCAAUCACCGAGCAGAUGGCCUGGCGAAUGAAGGGGCCAGAAUGCCUACAAUUUCUUGAUCGAGAUCUUUCCAUGAAAGAUAGUCUGCUACGAGAAUAUUGCUCUUCUAUCUUGGAGAGGACUUUGGUCGAUGGUUCUAAAGCUAUUUGCCGGGUCUAUUUUACCCGAGGUUGUAAAAAGGCCUGAGCUUGAAGGCAGAGGUCUACUAACUCUUGCGGCCUGCGGCGGACAUUUGGAGUCUGAUCGGUUCCCUUUAUUGCCAUGGUAUCCUUUUGGUCUGUUGUCUUUUGUAAUGAUACCUGCCUGAUAGAGCUCAUCGGGCCACGAAUGAAUCAAACUUGUUCAAUUCUUACCUCUGCUUACGAUAGAGGGUCCCUGAACUCUUGUUUUGAUGAUGAGAUUCAUGUGAAACGAUUUCGAGGCUCC